UUUACUUCCCACUGCUACUGGUGCACUGCACAGCCUGUGAGGGGCCCAUGGCAGAGAGCAGCGGGGAACGGGUGACGGUAAAGGAAGAGAUGAAUGGUGACAGGGUCCACUUCUACACAGACAACCAGAGGGUCUUCCUGGACCCCCGAGGGCUGGACUCUACAGCAGGGGAUCCUGCAGCCCCCAGGAGGCCAAGGCUUGUUCAGACCAGCAUGGCAGUUAUGGCUGUGACGCUCGUCUCCUUUCUGGUGGCUCUCUUUGUUGUGGUUCUCCAGAAGCCGAGACCUCCGCUGGAGCCCUAUGCCUCCUUCCAAGAGUUUCCAGCCAUGAUUCCCAGAGACAACACAACCAGACAGUUAGGUGUGGAACCCCACAAUCCCUACCACUCUGGCGGGGUGGCAGGGUUGCAAGAGACUAUCCAGAUGUUUAAAAACCAUGUGGAGAAUUCUAGCACCUGGAGCACAGAGGUCCAGAUGUUGGCUUGCAGAGUGGACAAUGUCAGUUCUCAGAUCCAGGUGCUCAGCGGUCAUCUGGAAAACGCCAGUGCUGACAUCCAGACGGUAAAAGACGUUCUAAAGGAUGCCAAUACCUUGAGUUUCCAGACCCAGAUCUUAAGGAGGUCCAUGGAGGGGGCCAGUGCGGAUAUCCGGAAGCUAAAAGGAGAUCUGGAAAAGGCAAAUGCUUUAAAUUCCCAGACCCACAGUUUCUUAAAAAGCAGUUUAGAAAACUCCAGCAUCGGUCUCCACAUGCUGAGUGAAGGCUUAGGAAACGCCAACGCUGAAAUUGCGAUAUUGAAGGCAGGGCUGAAAAUGGCAAAUGCCCAGGCCCAGUGGGCAAACAGUAGUCUAAAGAAUGCUAAUGCUCAGAUCCAAGUUUUGAGAGGCCAACUGGCUGGUGUCAAUGACUUACGGGCCCAGAAUCAGGUUUUAAGAAGCAGUUUGGAAGGAGCCAAUGCUGAGAUCCAGAGGGUCAAGGGAAGCCUGCAAAACGCCAAUGCUUUAAACUCCCAGACGCAGACUUUUCUAAGAGGCAGUUUAGACAACACCAGCUCUGAGAUCGAGUUUUUAAGAGGUCAUUUCAAAAGGGCUGGUGAUGAGAUUCACUUGUUAAAAAGAGAUUUGGAAACUGUCACUGCCCAGACCCAAGUCAUAAGCAACAGUCUGAAGCAGACAGAUGCUCAGAUCCGAUUAUUAAAAACAGAGCUCGAAAAUGUCAAUGCCUUAGAUUCCAAGACUCAGGUAUUAAGUGGUUAUUUGAAAAAUGCCAGCAGAGAGAUACAGACCCUAAAACAAGGGAUGAAAACUGCUGCAGCCUUAGGUUCUAAGAUCCAGAUGCAAGAGAGCAAUCUGCAGAAGGCCAGUGCUGAGAUCCAGAGGUUAAAAGCAGAUUUAGAGAACACCAAAACGCUAACUACGAAAAUCCAGGAGGAGCAGAGUUGCCUGGAGACGGUCCAUGGGGCCCUUGCUUCCCAGGAGCAGCUACAGAGGACCCAAAAUCAACUUCUUCAACUGAUCCUGCAAGGCUGGAGUGUCUACGGCAAGAGCUUGUAUUACUUUUCUCACGUCAAGAAGUCUUGGCACGAGGCUGAGCAGUUCUGUGUGUCCCAGGGAGCGCACCUGGCCUCGGUGACUUCUGAGGAGGAGCAGGCGUUUCUGGUAAGGUUCACGAGUACCUCUUACCACUGGAUUGGCCUCACAGACAGGAGUGAGGAGGGCUCCUGGCACUGGGUGGACGGGACGCCAUUCAAUGUUGCCCAGAGCAGAGCGUUUUGGGGCAGGAAUCAGCCAGACAACUGGAAGCAUGGGGACGGGCAGAGAGAAGACUGUGUCCAUAUUGAGCAGAAGUGGAAUGACAUGCGCUGUGACACCCCCUAUCACUGGGUCUGUAAGAAGCCCAUCAGCCAACAUGUGGCCUGAGACAGGCCAGAUCUGAGGGGUCGCCGUUGCUGCUCGCUCUGGACCCUCCCCACCUGACGCCUUGUGAACCUCUGAACCCAACUUGUUCUCUGGGGCUUUCCAUUUGGCCUUUUGUGUUUCCUGCUCUGUCUUUUCAUUUCACCCUUCAGACUUGUUUAUCUCAUGUAACCCAGUGGGAUCAAGAGCUCCUCCAGGCCAAAGGCUUGCUGUGCCUCUGUUUCCCCCUCAGCAACCUGCAUGGGCCUGUGAGACAUCAGGUCCUCAAUAAAUACUGAG